AAUUCACUAAUGAAGAGAUUCCUUCCAUCAAGAUCGAUCUCAGUAGCUCUGCUUCUGAUUUUGUUAGCUAUCUUUAGCAGCAAGUUUCACAUAGAGGCACACAGAGAUUUGAGAGAUUUGCAAAUAAGCAAGGAGAUACCUCUUGGAGGAAGCUUACGAAGAAUCCCAAGAAGUUGGUCCAGUCCUAUACAGAACAAGAGAGACCCAUGUAGGAAACAGAAGAUCACAUCAAGAGAACCAUAGAUCUCUCUUCUUCUUCUUUUUUGAACUUAGAUUUUCUGAGUUUAUUUUUGUUUUUUUUGUUGUAGACUAGUAUUCCUUCACAAUUAAUUUGUGAAUGAUGCAAUGUAGAGUUUGUUACUGUUCUUACUGGAGAGUCUUACUCUGCCACUGUUUUUAUUUGA